GGAAAAUGUUACCUGAUCUGUUUGUUUUUGUGUGUUUUUUGUUGGUGUGGCUUUGUUUUGUUUUGUGGUGUGUUUUUUUUUUCCUCUCUCCGAAAAACAGAAGAAAUAACUCCUUUAAAAUCCAUGUCAUCUACCUGAGUAUGGGCAGUACAACUCCAGAGAGACGUGGAAAGGUGGAGAAAAGGGUGAAGAAAUAAAGAAAGAGUGAUCAAAGGACUGAAAUGUAUCACCUCUGAAGAAAAAUUUGUAGUUAGUUACUAUAGGGGAGAGAGUGAAUGCAAGUCUUCAACAAAGUUAAAGAUGUAUGCGGUGAGAGAGAAAAUGAACUUUUCUCUGUCCCUGAUGGAUAGAACAAGCUGUCAUUUCUUUAAAUUGCAGAAAGACUCAAUUAAAUGUUGGCUAGGGGAAUCCUAAAACAAAUACUGAAACAUUGGCAUGCGUCAUCUAGAAAGUGUGGAGAUUCAUCAUCGGGGGCCUUUACAAACAGGUUAGGCAAGUAACUGUGUAAACUGAUAUAAGAGAGCUCAUUUUGUGGCAGAAGGAUAGACUGACUGUCUGAUGACACAUGAGGAUGCUUGGAGGCCUAGAUUUUAGAUGAGUUCCUCUUGCUGUGAUUUUUUUUCACGGGUUGUGCUGAUAGCUUUCAUAUCGAAUAACAAGACUAUUUUUGGCCUCUUCUUCUGAAUUAAGACUGGGAGAAAUAGCAGGAAACCUUCGUUUUUCCAGCUUUAUAUAGAUUUUAUGGUAGUGGAAAUCCACAAAAAAAAAAAUAGUAGUCAAAAAUUAACGCAGGAAACGCUGAAGAUGUGUCAGUUAAUGUAAUAUUUAGCUCCAUUACAUUUUGGAGUGGAAAUUCUACGUCUGCAAAAGUCAUGUGGAUUUUAUUAAGGCUGACUAGCUUAAAAUUUUGGAUGAUUCAACUAUUUAUGUAUACAGUAAGGAAUUAUUUUUGUUCUUUCUAGGUACAAAAGGAGUGGAGGGUGUAUAACUAAAUUUUUCUUACUAUAUGUGGAAACAAUGCAUGUCCAUUUAAACUGGUUUGGGCUAAAAUCAUCUCUCCUCUAUGAGCUAAUGUAGUGUGAUUAGCACAUGAGCCUGAAUUCCUGGCUUAAAUUCUUCCAACACUGAUCAUACAAUGCCAGUGGCUGAAGAAUCCACAAGUGGACUUAAGUGGACAUAAGAACUAGGUUUCAACUUUAUUAACUUAGUGGCGAGGCUCUUACCUCAUUUCCUCUACGUCUGCUCCACCAGUUAUUUGCAGCAGAUCCAGUGCUACUGGUUACAGCGCCCCACGGCACUGUAUAAUGCCCGCCUCAAACUGCGCCCUUUCUCGGUUCAGAUCUCUCUAGUGCUCCUCCGGUGAGACGGAUGGAGACAGCAAAGCAGGGAGACUUCAGUCUACUUCUUUCUACUAGUGAAAUCUCGGGCUUUUAAACAAUGCCUCUGAGGCUCUGAGACCUCUUCUUUAGUCUGAUCACUAGCUCCAAAUAGUAGUGAACUAAACCAGCAGUUAGUUGUUCAAACCUGUGGCACUUAUCACAUAUGGGGACUGUCAAAUUUAAAAAAAAAAAAAAAAAAAAAAAAAAAAAGAGAGAAAAGAAAAAAGGGGGGCUUAGGGAAUUAAAAACAUGAAGUUCACUAUUGGUAUGUUUAAAUUUAUUGUCCAGUGAUCACUGUGCAGUACAGAGUAAUAACCUCACUACAAAUUCAUUUGCUAAUUUUAGAAGGUCAACAUGCAGUGUCCUACGUGUUCUUUAAAGCUAAUGAUUUACUAACAAAUUGUGAAAUAUUUCCAUGUUCUAAAUCUGUGAACUGAAUGGCUUAUCUAAGAUAAGCCAGUGAUCAACUUUUGCUAAGUUGGCAAUACAAGAAGGAAAAUUUCUUUCCAGCUCUAAAAACGGUCAGCAUCUUGUAUCAAUCCUUUACCUUUUACGAAUGAAGUCUGGCUGGUUUGCUUUCUAAAAUUAGAUGAAAACUGGCCAGAAAGAACUGGCAAGUAUGGUGCAAAUAGAGUCUGUAAUCUUGUUCUUGUUGACCCUUUUGCAGUGAAGAAAUCAAAGGCUGAAGGUGCAAAGGCAGUCACUUUAGUGUGAGACUCCCUGAGAGUCAGGGAGGACGUUUUUUGCAGGUACAAGUUUUAUGUCUCCGAGAAUGGCACUGCUGUACGUAACUGCCUUUCCCUGCCCUUUCUGGGCAAUUUGUUAAGAGAUUCAUAUCCAGUGUAUAGAAGAUAAAUGAAAAGCUUCAGACAGCUCUCCAUAGGUGAGGAAUUUGUUGUCCUGUGAUUUAAAUGGUUAGAUUACAGGCCCUGCUCACUUACUCUCCCUGUCUUGAUCUAUUUCAAGCCAUCCUUCAUUUCUUUCUUCUUUCUUUCUCCCUCGUGAUGCUAAUUAUAAUGAGUGUCAAGUAUGCACCAGGAGUUGCUUAAUUUAUAGCUUCAGCUUUGACUAGAAACCCUCUUCCGAGGAAUUUUAAAUAGCUUCCAGCCUCUUUGGGAGGCUGCAGCGCAGCCUUCCUUUUUCACAUAUAUCACCGUCUUCUGUGCUUUCUUUUGCGCAAAAGAUCACUUUCCCUAGCUUUAUCUGGACAAUGCCACCCCCUACAGAAAGGUUAGCACAAGGAAGCGAAGGAUUCAAUUCCAGCCUGAAACAGCCACCGAGCUCCCUUCGCAGAGGGGGGUCUCGCACCUCGACUCGUGUUGUAUUACUGUGCACGAGCGCUCAGCGGGCACCCACAGGAGUCCGGACCCCUGAAAUCACUGUGGCUGUCCCUCUGCACUGAGCCACCCGGUGGCAGCAACUGCCAGCCCCCAGCAGCCCCCGGAGCGCCCGGACUGCAUGAGCAAAGCAGGCAGAAAUCUCUUUAUCUCCCCCUCUCCAAGCAAAUGGAGGCAAUGCCUGAAUUUCUGGAAAACAAGAGCAAGAGGCUGCAAGCCAGGCCUACACUGCUGCAUUCCUCUACAAUGGAGAGGCAGAUGUGAACCAGAACAAUGGGACCUCCACGAAGAGCCCAGCGGUGACAGACUCCAAAGGCACAGCAGACCCGAAGAAUGCCUGGCCCGAGGCCAACCCAGCUGACACGAGCGGUCGCCCCCACUUGAUCCGCCUCUUUUCCCGAGAUGCCCCAGGAAGAGAAGACAACACCUUCAAAGAUCGGCCCUCCGAGUCAGACGAGCUACAGACCAUCCAAGAGGACAGUGCAGCAGCUUCAGAGAAUUCGGAUUUGAUGGCUUCGCAAAAACGCUCCUCAUUCCGGCACGGAUCAAAAAUGGCCUCUGCAAGCACUACAGACCACGCUCGACAUGGAUCUCCAAGGCACAGAGACUCGGGUCUACUUGACUCGCUGGGCAGAUUCUUUGGAGGUGAAAGACACGUUCCCCGGCGGGGCUCGGGCAAGGAUAUACACGCAGCCAGGGCCAGCCACGUAGGGUCCAUCCCCCAGAGAUCUCAGCAUGGCCGGCCUGGUGAUGACAACCCCGUAGUCCACUUCUUCAAGAACAUUGUCUCACCCCGUACCCCUCCUCCAAUGCAAGCAAAGGGAAGAGGAUUAUCCCUCACCAGAUUUAGCUGGGGUGGUGAAGGACACAAGCCAGGAUACGGAGGAAGCGGAAAAUUCUAUGAGCAUAAAUCUGCUCACAAGGGACAUAAGGGAUCCUAUCAUGAGGGCCAAGGCACUCUUUCCAAAAUCUUUAAACUGGGAGGCUCUGGUUCCCGACCUGGAUCGCGGUCUGGUUCACCAGUUGCGAGGCGCUGAAGCUCUAAGAUGCCACUCAAGGAUCAUGUACUCUGCUUCAUAACGUAACGGCCUUAAAAUUAAUAACAACUGUGAGAAUUACCUAGUUAGAUGCAAUCCAUUACUUAAUGCCAAUUAGGUUCUGCAUGCAGUAGAUUACACAAACUUCUAUUGGCAAUCCCUGACCAACAGUUGAAUGAAAGGAACACACAGAGUAGCUUUACUAGAAGUUUUCCUUAUUUUUAUGUAAAGUAACAAGAUCUCUUGACUUUACUUAUUCUUCUUCAGGAUGCCCUAACUGUACGCUGAACUUCAUUAUUUCUCCCGUGCCCU